UCUUUUUUUGAUUGCUAUAAUAAUGUUGUCAAGAAUUAUGAGGAAACUAUAAAAUUAUUUCUACCAGCUGCUAUUUAUGCUGUUCAAAAUAAUUUAUAUUUUAUAGCACUGAGAUAUUUGGAGCCAAUGACUUACUACGUACUAAGAAUACUUCUUACUGCUUUGAUGCUUUGGAUAAUGCUCGAUCGUCGUUUUAGCUGGCAACAGUUAUUUGCACUGAUGCUGUUAGCUUUUGGUGUGGCUAUUGUAGAAAUACAGAUCACUACAAUCCAUGAAAAUUCAUCUUCUGAUCAAAAUUCAUUGCUCGGAUUCAAUAUUGUUUUAAUAAUCUGUUUUACAUCUGCUUUUGCUGGUGUUUAUAUGGAAAAAAUUUUUAAGCAAAGUUCUGUUAGCAUUUGGAUACAAAAUAUUCGUCUUAAUAUUUGUACAUUAAUAAUUAUUUGUCCAUCAAUUUGCCUUUAUAAUUAUUCAGACAUCGUUGAAGGUAACAUGCUACGCGGAUUUGAUUAUUCGGUAUGGUUGCUGAUUCUUCUUAGUUCUGCUGGUGGAUUAUUAAUUUCAUUUGUAAUCAAAUAUGCUGAUAGCACUACAAAAAUAUUUGUACAGGUACAAUACUUAACUAAUACUGCCAGUAAAAUACUGUAUUUUUGUCUAACAAUCAUUUUAUCUAUUUUUAUAUACUAUUUAUAUCCUUUUCAAAACCAAGGAAAGGAAAUCUUGAGAAAUUCUUGA